CUGUCAGCUCCCUGAUAAGAGAAGUUUCGUUUUCAAUGCAGUUUGUGAAGUUUUCGGUUCCUGCAAGUGCGGGUUAUCCUGAAACCCUCUGAGGGGGCAGUCAAGGAAGGGCAGGGAAAACCGCGUCACGGGGGUGGCAGAGCGCGCAUAAAACUGCCUUAUUUCCAUUAAGGCUUAAUCUGUGUCCGGAAUUCCGUGAUAUCCUCCAAGUAGAAGAAAGCUUUUUAUUGAGAAAGAUUGUCGAUAGAAUCCUGCAAUACGAAUGUUACAAAACCAAAUCCCUGAGGCAGAACACUAACGUAUAUUGAAAGCAUGGAGGGUAUGGUGGCAGGAACGCAACCUGGUGUAGAAAAAAUGCAACAGGAAAGACCAGCUGACGCAGUAGAGGUGCUGGAGAAUGCAGAGACUGGAGAACAGCAGUGUCACAAAACUAACCACGAUGACGCAGGGAACCCGCAACAGCCUGACGCGGAUAAGGAGCAGCAGGAGCCACAGCACGGUGCUGACACAGAAAAGAAGCAGCAGGAGCCACAACAUGGUGCCAACAUAGAAAAACAGGAGCAGCAGCACGGUGCCGAUGCAGAAAAGAAGCAGCAAGAGCAGCAGCACGGUGCCCACGCAGAAAAGGCGGCACAGCAGCACGGUGCCCACUCAGUAAAGGAGGCACAGCAGCACGGUGCCCACGCAGAAAUGGAUGACCCGCAGCCCGGUGCUGACGCGGAAAAGAAGCAGCAGGAUCAGCACCACAGUGCCCACGCAGAAAAGGAGGCGCAGCACCACGAUACCCACGCAGAAAUGGGUGACCAGCAGCGCGGUGCCGACGCAGAAAAGGAGAAGGGGCGGCAGCGCGGUGCCGACGCAGAAAAGGAGAAGGGGCGGCAGCGCGGUGCCGACGCAGAAAAGGAGAAGGGGCGGCAGCGCGGUGCCGACGCAGAAAAGGAGAAGGGGCGGCAGCGCGGUGCCGACGCAGAAAAGGAGAAGGGGCGGCAGCCCGGUGCCGACGCGGAAAAGGAGGCGCUGCAGCAGCAGCCCGCUGCCGACACAGAAAAGGAGAAGGAGCAGCAGCCCGGUGCCGACGUGGAAAAGGAGGCGCUGCAGCAGCAGCCCGCUGCCGACGUGAUAAAGGAGGCGCAGCAGCACGGUGCCCACGCAGAAAAGGAGGCACAGCAGCACGCCCGGUGCUGA